ACCUCAAGAGUGAAGAGGUCUCCCUGAGACGGGCAUUGUCCAAAGACAGGCAGGGGCUUCAGCUGCACUUGGUGGAGGGAAAACACUCCCUGGGGGGCCUUCACCAAGCUCCCUCGUGGACUGCUCCGGAAGACGGAAGGAGUCCCUCCCUCCCUCCCUGCAGCUGCCGGGCAGGCCGGGUCGGCCGGUCCCGGCAAGGCCUGGCCCCCAGAGGAACUGCCAGCAGCGUCCCCUUCCCAUACGGGAUAUUUACCGGGGAGGGUCCAGCCCGGGAGGCUUGGUGCCCGGCGAGCCCAGUGCUCUGGUGUUGGCGCAGAAAGCCCCACACCCUGGGAAGCCCAGGGUGGCGGGUCACCCUCGCGUGGCUGGGCCUGGGGAGCGUGUGGAACGAGGACAGGCCGGCGGGCGCGGGGAGGGGCUCUGGUGCCAGUGUCUCCCGCAGGGCCCCGGAGAGCUGCGGGACAAGCUCCGCAGGCGGGGCCAGGACCACCGUGCUCUGCUCUCCUGCCUUGAGCUUGGUGGCAGCACAAGGGCACAGCCCUCUCCUGUGUUUGGGACGCUGUCCCCUCCCCUCCCCCAGCCCCCUUGCCCUUUGCCCACCAGUCCAGCCGGGAGUGUCAACAGGCUGCGGAGACCUCGCCAUGGCCCUUGGGCUGCUCUGCGUUCUGCUCGGGCUUCAGGGCUGUCUGGCCGCAGUCUUCGUCACCCAGGAGGCGGCCCACAGCGUGCUGCGCCGGCAGAGGCGGGCCAACUCGUUCCUGGAGGAGCUGCGGCCGGGCUCCCUGGAGCGGGAGUGCAAGGAGGAGCAGUGCUCCUUCGAGGAGGCCCGGGAGAUCUUCAGGAACACGGAGCGGACGCAGCAGUUCUGGAUUUCCUACAACGACGGGGACCAGUGCGCCUCCGAUCCGUGCCAGAACGGGGGUUCGUGCGAGGACCAGCUCCAGGCCUACGUCUGCUUCUGCCUCCCCGACUUCGAGGGCCGGAACUGCGAGACGAACAAGAACGACAAGCUGAUCUGCGCAAACGAGAACGGUGGCUGUGAGCAGUACUGCAGCGACCACGCGGAGGCCAAGCGCUCCUGCUGGUGCCACGAGGGGUACUCACUACAAGCGGAUGGCGUGUCCUGUGCGCCCACAGUUGAAUAUCCGUGUGGAAAAAUACCUAUUCUGGAAAAAAGAAACACCAGCAUGCCCAAAGGCCGAAUUGUGGGUGGCAAGGUGUGCCCCAAAGGGGAGUGUCCAUGGCAGGCCCUGCUGACGCUGAACGGAGCUCUGCUGUGCGGGGGCACCCUGGUGGACCCCAGCUGGGUGGUGUCUGCGGCCCACUGCUUUGACAGAGUCAAGAGCGGGAGGAACUUGACGGUGGUGUUGGGCGAGCACGACCUCAGCCAGGACGACGGCGACGAGCAGCCCCGGCGCGUGGCGCAGAUCGUCCUGCCGGCCACCUACGUUGCCGGCUCCCCGGACCACGACGUGGCCCUGCUGCGCCUGCGCGCGCCCGCCCGCCUGGGCGCGCACGUGGCGCCGCUGUGCCUGCCCGAGCCCGCGUUCGCAGCGCGCGCGCUGGCCGCCGUGCGCUUCUCCACCGUGAGCGGCUGGGGCCGGCUGCUGGAGCGCGGCGCCACGGCGCGCGAGCUCAUGGCCGUGGACGUGCCGCGGCUCAUGACGCAGGACUGCGAGCGGCAGUCGCGGCGCCGGCCCGGCUCCCGGCGCGUCACCGAGAACAUGUUCUGCGCCGGCUACGCGGACGGCAGCAAGGACGCCUGCAAGGGCGACAGCGGGGGCCCGCACGCCACGCGCUACCGCGGCACCUGGUACCUGACGGGCGUGGUCAGCUGGGGCGAGGGCUGCGCGGCCGCCGGCCACUUCGGGGUGUACACCCGGGUGUCGCGCUACGCCGACUGGCUGCGCCGGCUCAUGCGCUCCGAGCCCAGCCCGGGCUUCCUGCUGCGCGCCCCGUUCCCCUAGUGCGCCCGAGGUGGGGCCGUGGGGUGGGGGGACACAGGGAGAGACAGCUGCGAGGCGGGGCGCCAGUAACUGGCCCUGGGGACAACCAAGUAGUUUACUUAAAGCAGAGCAGGGCUGCAAACCAAGGCUGAGGGUUGGCUGAAUGCAGGCCACACUGUUUGUAAAUAAAGUUUAUGG